AUGCCUGUACUCAUCGCACAAAGAAACGGCUUUGUGCACUCCAUCCUAGAGGCGUACGGAGCGCACCACCACCUCGUUAUUCGUCCGGAUGAUGUAUGGAUAGCGAUCCUCACCCAAUUGAGCUUUUAUGUCAACGCUCAUGCGGGGGAGCUGCGCAACUACUUCGUCGCUCAUGAAGGAAAGCGAAGGCUCACAGUCUACGACGUGGGUACGCGACACACCGUCGAUUUCGGACGCCUCGCACGUGCCAUGACACAACAGAUUCACAAGAAUGUGGUCGAUAGCACGCUGGUCGAAUGGAUUCUACCCGACUUCACCACGACGAGUCUGAAGGACACUACAAUUUGCUCCGUCAUCAUGAUGUCUACCCUCAAGGCAUACUUUGAUUUUCGUGUGUGUAUUACGUGCGGCAUCCCGUCAGUCACCCUCGAGGGCACCAAAGCCGACUGGCAACGCAUUUUGAAGAGGCUCGAGCGCCUACACGACCUCGGUGACGAGCCGUCUACGUGGGCUACCAUGCUUUACCCCAUUCUUAGUCGCUUCGUCUCCGCCUUCGACGGCAACCCCGACACAGAAUUUUGGAAGCAUAUGGUGUACCGCUCUUCGAGAGGAUGUGGGACUGACAGCCUCGAUGGAUGGCUGACGGCCUUCUGCGUGUGGACGAAGAAAGGACAGUGGAAGGCGCGACCGCUUGCUCCUCUGCUCGCGACACCCCGCCCGCCUCCAUUCGUUGUGGACUCUGGUUGGUUUUCUGGUUCUGGAGAUAGGGCUUCGCUGUACGAGCAAGGAGACAGCACUGAGAGUGCAUCUGUUGAUGGCAGCACUUCUAGUCAGAGUAUCCUCACAUUCGACCCAUGGCACGGCGCAUCCUACACCCUUGACGGCGUCCCGUACUUCACUGUCGAUAUCGAGAGCAUCCCAGCCGGGUGUUGCGAAGUGGACGUGAUGGUCGACGAUAACGGGCAGCAGAUCCCCUGCACGAUGAUUGCUGGACACGUUGCGAGCGUGGCGACGGCGAAGGAUCCCGGAGGGCCGCUCGAUACGCUCGCUCCCGCACCGCAGUGGUUCAUGAUGGAGAAGAAGUCGUCGUGA